UAAUAACAUUGUUUACACAUUUGAAUUAGAGGUUAUGGUACAUAUACAAAGCAAUAAUUGUGUGUACGAUGUAAAGGCAGAGAUGCAGGACCAGGUCACAAUGAAGGCAAAGAAGGACAAGAAGGGGAAGAAGAGGAAAGCAGAAGGAGGGGAUGAGGUCAAGAACGACGGCGUUGCUGCUUCAGAAGACUCGCCUGCAGCCAAAAGGACUAAGAAGUUCUCCAUGAAAUUAUAUCAUGAGCACAUGAAGAAAAACCCAAUUACUGCGCUGAUGGAGUUCGUGUCGGCGUGCGACGCCGGCGAGAGCGACCGCCGGGACGUGGUGAGGCAGUUCCUGUCCGGCGGCGGCAAGCCGGGCGAAGUGGUGAAGCUGCUGCACUCUGCCGGCGACAGCGAGAAGGAGGCGCUGGUGUUCCCCGUCUUCUCCGCCCUCAAGCACCUGCUCACCUGCUACAUGGUCGUGGAGCCGGCCCACCAGGAGUCCCUGGAGAAGGCCAGCUGGCAGGUCCUCUCCGCCCACUCGGCCGUCGUGCAGCAGGCGCUGGCCGCCACGCGCCGCGCCGACGCCUGCAAGGCCGUGCUCACCGUGCUGGCAGCGAUGGCGACCAUCAGCCCGAGGCUGGCGAAGGAGGUGCUGACGCGUGUCGGCUUCACGCCGAAGCUCGCCGCCGCCCUGGCCAAGCCGCCGCCCGCCGGGAACACUUCGAGCGUGCGGAGCUGCUUCGUCCAGUUGCUGGUGGCGUUCCUCAUCACGGACGACGCCAGCGUCAUCGGCCAGCUGUGCAGCAGGAAAGACCUGCUGGCCAGCGUGGUGCCGGACCUGGCCAGCGACCCGGCAGACACCGUGCUGCUGCUCGUCACCUCGCUGCGCUGCCGCCUGGUGGAGAGCAAGGCGGUCUCCAAGAGCGUCAAGAUGGCCGUGUUCAAGACUGCCACCUUGCACGGCCUGCUGGCGCUCUACCGCUGGGUCGGCCCCCGGGCCCGCGGUGCCCCCGACGCGGAGGUGGACGAGGAGACACGACAGCGCGUGGCGCUCGCGGCGCACGGCCUGCUGCUGGUCCUGUGCACGUCGCACAGGCUGGGCGUGCUGUUCCCGUGCCGGGGCAAGUCGCCCGCGUCCGGGAACCACAACAAGCUGGUGGCCACGCUGUUCCAGAAGCUGGAGGAGCCGUGGCAGCACGAGCUGCAGCGGGAGCUGGCGCUGAAGACCCUGGUGGCGUGCCCCCACCUGGUGCACGGCUUCCUGCCGCGCCUCCGGGACUCCCUGCGGCCCGCCGACAGUCUCCGCUGGCACCGGGCCUGUGCCUUCUACCAGCAGCUGGUGGAGUCGCUGGACCCCGAGCCGUGCGUGCAGUCGGACGACGUGCUGCGCUCCGUGGUGACGCUGAUGGCGCCGCCCGCCGUGCUGGGGGUGGUGGGCGGGCAGGGCCUGCUGCACGGCCGGUCGUCCGUGCGACACCGGCUGGCGGCGCUGCUGUGCUCCAUGCUGCGCGCCGCGGAGCGCCUCCUGGCCUGCGCGGAGGCCCGGCGGCCGGGCGACGCCCCCGCGCUGCGCAGCCAGCUGGCAGCUCACCUCGCCCAGCACCUGCCCAGCGGGGGCAUGCUGGCGCGGGCGUGGGCGCUGGCGCUGGCCGCGCCCGAGGAUGAGGAGGAUGAGAUUGACGCCGUGCGCGAGCCGUCGCCGCAGGAGCACCUAGCCGUGCUGCUGGACCUGCUGGAGGCGUGCGGGCGGGCGUGUCCGGCGCUGCUGUCCGGCACCGCGCUUCAGCCGCGCGCGCUGCUGGCCGACGUGCACGCGCUCUGCGCGGACGGCCGCCUUGUGGCCAAGGCCCUCGCCGUGCUGUUCUCGCUUGACCCCGCCGGCUUCUCCCAGGACACGGAGCUUCUCCGCACGGCGGUCGGCCUGCUGCUUGGCCUGGCGGCGGGCACGGACCCCGACGCCGCGCGGCCCGUGCUGCUGCAGCUGCUGGGGCGCACCGGCCUGUUCGCCGCGCACGGCCGCGAGCCGCAGGCGUGGCUGCGCUGCUACCUGGACGCGCGGCCGGAGGCGCGGCCCGGCGCGGCACGCCUGCUCGCCGACGCCCUCGCGCUGGUCGCCGGCGACCCUCGCCUGUGCUGGCGCGCGCUGGCCGGCACUGCGCCCGCCCGCCGCCUCGACGCCGUGUUCCGAGAGCUGCUGGACGGUGCGGACGCUCCCACUGACGAGACGCUGGCCCUCGGCUUCUCGCUGAGCCCACUGCUGCCGGGCGUCCUGCAGUUGGCCGAGGGCAGUUCCGACACAGACCCCGAAGUGGUGGCCUUCAUCUCGCGCGCAGUGGUACACCUGCUGCACAGCCAGGCGUCUGCAGACGUCGUGUGGCACCUGCUGAAGGGGAGGGAGCAUCUGGUGCUGCCGGCCGUGCUGAAGUACGUGCGCGGCUGGUUGCCCGACUCUGUCCCGAAGCCUCUCAGGAAACCGUUCGGCGCGUGA